UAUGGUAUGGUUCAUAUCAAAAAUGUUUGUUUUGGUCGUUUUUGCGGAUUUUCUUUGAUGAUUUUCUGUGAUUUGAUUGGAUUUUUGAUUUGAUUUUGGUUAAAAUUUCCUUGUGUUUACUCGCUUAAAAUUCAUAAAUAAAUGUGUGAAGAACCCUGUUCAUCUUAUUAAUAAGUUAACAACCGGCAACAUAAAAUACCAAAAUGGGUCGUAAAGUUGUAGUAGCUGUAUGCACCCUAAACCAAUGGGCUCUGGAUUUCGAAGGAAACUUAAGUAGAAUUUUGCAAUCUAUCCAAGAGGCUAAGGAAAUGGGGGCUCUUUAUAGAACGGGACCAGAAUUGGAAAUAUGCGGAUAUAGUUGUGAAGAUCACUUCCACGAACCAGACACAUAUCUUCACAGCUGGCAAGUGUUGGCGGAACUACUAAAAUCACCAACAUGUAAAGAUAUUCUUAUAGAUGUUGGAAUGCCAGUGCAACACAGAAAUGUUUCUUACAAUUGCCGAGUAGCUUUCCUCAAUAAGAAUAUUCUCCUGAUCAGACCAAAGAUGGUUUUGUGUGAAAACGGUAACUACAGAGAGACGCGAUGGUUUUCCUGUUGGACAAAAGAACGUCAAGUUGAAGAAUAUUAUUUACCAAGAAUGAUUACGGCAAUUACUAAUCAGACGACAGUCCCAAUAGGGGACGCAGUUAUUUCCACCAGAGAUACGUGUAUUGGCUUCGAAAUCUGUGAAGAGUUAUGGAAUCCACAAAGUCGGCAUAUCCCUAUGAGCCUCGAUGGAGUAGAAAUAAUAUCUAACGGCUCCGGCAGUUACAUGGAACUACGUAAAGCGUACGUUACCGUAAAUUUAGUUAAAAGCGCUACAUUUAAGAGCGGAGGCGCGUAUUUGUUCAGCAACUUGCGGGGCUGCGAUGGACAAAGGAUAUAUUUUAACGGUUGCUCCUGUGUGGCAGUGAAUGGAGAGGUUGUGAGUCGGGGGCUGCAGUUUGCACUGCACGAUGUUGAAGUGAUAACCGCCACAAUAGAUUUAGAAGAUAUACGCUCUUAUCGUACAAAAAUCCGCUCCAGAAGCCAUAUGGCUGCCUCAAAUCCACCGUUUCCCCGAAUUUUCGUGGAUUUUGCGCUUUCCGAUGACGAAGACGUUCAUCUUACUUUUAGCCCACCGAUAGAAUGGAAAUAUUUGACACCAGAAGAAGAAAUAGAAUUAGGUCCAGCAUGUUGGUUAUGGGACUACCUACGGAGAUCAGGCCAGGGUGGUUUCUUCCUUCCCCUCAGUGGGGGUGUGGACUCUACUAGCACAGCGUGUAUUGUUUUCUCAAUGUGCACGCAAAUAUGUGAAGCUGUACAGAAAGGAGAGAGUCAAGUUCUAUAUGACGUUCGAAAGAUCCUCUGUCAAUCGGAUUAUACCCCGUCCGACCCGAUGGAGCUUUGUAAUAGGCUUCUCGUCACGUGUUACAUGGCGACAGAAAACUCCAGCCAGGAGACUAAGCAACGGGCCUCUCAGCUUGCGAGUGAAAUAGGUAGUUAUCACUUUCCAAUAGUGAUAGAUUCGGCCGUGAGCGCCGUGAUAGGCAUAUUCACUACUGCUACUGGACUAGUGCCGAAGUUUAGGAGUAAGGGCGGCUGUCCUCGACAAAAUCUCGCCUUACAGAAUAUUCAGGCUCGCCUUCGAAUGGUUCUAUCGUAUCUAUUCGCGCAACUAAUGCUAUGGGUCCGAGGAAGGCCGGGUGGUCUGCUAGUACUGGGCUCUUCGAACGUAGACGAAGCGCUUAGAGGGUAUAUGACCAAGUACGAUUGCUCCAGCGCCGAUGUUAACCCUAUUGGAGGGGUAUCUAAGACGGACUUAAAGUCCUUCCUGCAGUACGCUAAAAGCCGGUUUUUCUUGCCAUCUCUCUCUGAAAUACUCCAAGCGCCACCGACAGCGGAACUAGAACCAUUGUCCGAUGGUCAAAUAACGCAGACAGAUGAACAAGAUAUGGGAAUGACUUACGCUGAACUGUCGGAGUUCGGUCGACUGAGGAAGACGUACAAUUGCGGACCGUUCAGCAUGUUCCAGAAACUGGUGCACCAGUGGAAUAACAAGUGCACACCGCAAGAGGUGGCAGAAAAAGUGAAGCACUUCUUCCGCUGUUACGCGAUAAACCGGCACAAAAUGACCGUCCUCACGCCAUCGUACCACGCGGAGUCUUAUAGCCCCGACGACAACCGCUUCGACCAUCGCCCGUUCCUCUACCGCGUGCACUGGAACUGGCAGUUCAAGACCAUCGACGACGCCGUCGCUCAAAUGGGAAAGGAUAAACGUAUCAAACAGAGUGAUACGCCAUCAAAACCAGAAUCCCCGUCAAGUGCAAAUCCAAACAUUAACUUCAACCUGCGGCGAGAUAGAAAGGGAGUGCUCAUUUAAAUUUUAAACAGUACAAUCCUUUUAUAGAGUAAACAAAGUUUGUAUGAAAUUACUAGCUGUUUUUUCUAGCGAAGAUACGCAACAAUUAAAGAUGAUCGCAUAUUGCACGAGCCAUACUCGUAUGUAUUGUACGCAAUCCUUUCUUGUAUUCACCGAUUACGUAUUUUUAAGUACUGAAAAAUUGCAUUUCGUACGAUAAUAUAUGCUUUUUAGUGCGAAAUGUUGAAUAUGGUCUAUCUAAAUAAUCUUUAACAGGUUUGACAAUUUUUGUUUAGUGUCAACUGUCAAAUAUAUUCCUCAGUUAUCAAAAGGUUGUAAAAUUGUUUAUUCUAUUUUUCACUUUAUUACAAGAUACAUAUAUAUUUGGAGCUUAUACAGUAUUUCCUAAAUAGAUUGACUAAUUCUGUCAUGCACAAUCUAAACUAAACUGACUAAGGUCUAAAUCUAGUGCUAUCCUUUUCCACAGGGAUCAUUAUGAAAGGAAUAGCAAUACAUUUAGACUUGUCAUUCCAGCUUAGAGAAUGUGUAAAACAGAAUUAAUUAGUCGUAUAGUAGAGGUUAUAAUGAAAUGUUUAUUUUGAAAUACUUGAAACAAUUAUUCUAUUAAGGACGGAUUUUUCAGUCACCAAAUAAACUUUAAUCAAUGAAUCCAGAUUUGCAAUACGCGAACUGUCCUGUCAAAUUCAUUCCUCGGAUACCUACCUUAAUAAGUAUUAUUAGGUGAUUGAAUAUCGGCUCUAAUACAUGUAAUAGACGUAGCUACAAUUUAGCUUUCAUUCGUAUAGACUAACUAUAGAGUAAGGUUGUUCUGAAGACAAAUUCGAUUGAAAAUUGUGAUGUAAACAAGAUCAAAGAUGGUACAAAGGAGUGGCUUUUAAUUAGUAUAACGUUGUUGUAUUUAACUGUUGACAUAAAUUAGAGUGAUUCUGAAUGAGUAUGUACUUA